UGGCGAAAGGCAGCGAUCGCAUCUGAAAGCAGUAAGUAUAUAAAACGACCCCCAUGACCACCGGCCAGCAUCACUCGUCCACGAUCGCUUGCUCUAUUCAGUCAUCCUAGUGGUGAAACGGUCAACAUGAAGGAUUUAUUUGUGCUGGGUAUUGUGCUGACACUUUUCACCUGCAGUUUGGCGGAAGAAUCCAACCAAAAUGACAUCCAGAAACGUAAUGGCGUUGAGCAUAGUUUGCCAGCCUUCAGCAAUUACCCUUAUAUGCGGCAAACCACGGUAAACCAUGAACCUCGUGUCGAAACAAUCAACAACAUGGCUCAUGUAUAUCAGCAACAGCAGACCGACUGGGAAGUGCAGAAGGUUCAUGCUCAGGCCCACCGUUUUCAAGGAAGUCCGCAGUACCAGCAGUAUCAACAGCCUUGGAUUCCCCAGCCGGAUUAUAUCCAGCACAACCACAUCAACCAGCAGCAGCAAAAUCAUCAUCACCUGCUUCGACAGCAACAACCAAUCAACAACAAUCACAUCAACCCUCUGCAACAAUUGCAGCAUUAUCAACAUCAAUACAGCUAUACUCUAUCAACCGGUUGUAACUCAGUACCAGAAACCUCAGCUGGUUCCAGCCCACAAGGUUGUCUAUCCGGUUCCUGUUCAGAUGAGACCGCCACCGCCGCCACCGGCAGUCGCCAAGAAGGUUCAACCCCCAAUCUACGUGGAGAAGCAUAUCAUGUAUCACCAUGUCCCCAAGCCCGUAGCAGUUCCCAUCCAGCCGGUGCCGGUGAUGCAAGUGAUCAUCCGGGAGGACGGUAACCACAAAAAGAUGCCAUUCUGGGGUUAGUUUAGUGUUACUUGCGCCGCUGUCACCGGUGUAUGGUUAGUAUCUUGCCAGUUAGUUUAUUCAAAUAUAAUAAAUUCUAUUUAUUGUUGCCGAUAAAGCAACCAAACCUUGAGAUUCAGCAAGAGUGCUUAACUGCUCCUUGGGUACCGAUUCAGCAGCAACGUUCUUCAAGCCGGUCCCCAAUCUUCCUCGCCGUAUAUUACAUUUCGCCGGCGAAUAUUUAUUGCCGGCAUACACAUAUCUACAAUUUAUAUUUAUGAGACCGAGCAUAACGGGCAACGACUUGUUUACACCACGGUGAGUUGGGUGAAUUGGAGCUUCUUUUUUCUAUAUUCCUCACCAGAAGAUUACCCAACCGAUAAGAAUAUGUCUUCUGUUGAUUUACACAAAAUUGCAACGUAGAAAUGUGUGAUUAACAGCUUAUCCAUUUUAAGCUCAUGAACGGGUUUAUCGAGUGAUAACGAGUAGCUUGAAAUUAAAUUAUUUUGCUGGAAUUAUUUGGUCUCGGGGUCGGUCACUCAGUUGUGUUCAAAAAGCAUCGUGUUCAGAUUUUUUUGAAACAUGAAUGCAAUCGAUUAUUUCUCCAUUUUUGCGAAAGUGCAAAUUGAUCAAAUAUUACAUGCCAAAGUGUUCAUGAGGUUUUUGAUGGAGCAAU